CUUAUUUAAUGCUCUGUUCUAAACAAAGACAAAACCGCAUUCUCAUAAGGUGCCAAAGGCUUUUAAUUUUUUGUUUAUAAAACUUAGCUACAAAAAUAAAAAUGUCAUAUUUCGAGACAUGGGUCUAUCCAAAUAAUCCACCUGAGGCGUGUGGAUCUCUAUUUGAGGACAAUCGAAAAUUAGUUCUUGUUGGAAUCAUUGGCAAGUCUGCGUUCCCGGAUUGUAAUAAAAUGGCUGGACUUAAUGUCAUGGACACACAUCCUUCUCAUUUGAACCAUGAAUGCAAAGAGGGUCAAAUUAGAUUUUACUACACCGAUUCGGAAGAUAUUUUAUUCUUACAUUUCCAAACAACUUUCGAUGAAUUCUGCAUGCGGGGUGCAAUGCUUAAGGAAAUGAAAAACUUACAGUCUGGACGUCAUUUAAGUUUUCAACAGUAUGUAAGGAACAGAUUUGCGAGGAUGCUACUUUUUGCAACUCAAGUGUGUCACAUUGUGGUGUUCGUUGAACUGGGUGUUUCUUUUGAUGCAUCUUUAAUAUCAAUUUUUAAAUCUUUGAAACUUAUCAGAGAAAGAUAUGUUCUAAAAUUUCUUCCCAAACUAUUAAAAAAUUCAAAUGCGAAUACGUAUUUCGGCAAAUGUCCUCGUUUUUGUUCUCCGCGCUGUCUAUUUUUCUUUGAAAACUAUCCUGAUGGAUACGAUACCACUGAAGAGUGUAUUUCAAAAUUUGAGUUCGAAAUUGAGGAUAAUAUUUACAAGAUGUUUCGAAGUGAGCUUAUUAUUCCGAACAAAAGUGGAACCUGUCUUUUUGCAUUACCCGGUAAUAAACGGUUUGUCUACUACAAUACGGAUACAAAAAUAAGAGAAGAUCCUUUACUAAAAUCCUUAAACGACCUUCAACGUUCAUUUAAAACAAACAAUUAUUUUAAGGAAGACAACAUGAGUAACAUGGAAGAUCUACGUCUGUUUGGGAGUUUUGGGAUACCUCUGGUUCAAAAUGUCGAUGCCCAUUUUAAAGUGGAAACACCAAAAAGGAAUACAUUUAUGAAUUUUUUGAAAGAUCAUAUUAAAGAAGCUUUACAAUUUGGUUUCAAUGAUGGUGUUUCAAAAUUCAAAAGCAAAAGCAAUUUUUUGGUACCAAAUGUGAAGACAUGUUAUGAAACGUUUAAACUCUUACAUAACAUUUUUAUUGACAAUGCUGAUAACCCAGACUAUGAACCAGCAGAUCCAUUUUAUAAAUCUUAUCUCGAAAAUUUCGACAAGCUAAUGGACAUAGAUGAAGGAUUUUUUUCAAAGUGUUGCGAUAAUGGAGUGAAAAAAGCAUGUAAUCUAUACAAUAAUGCUAUCAUAAAACACUGUGGAAAAUCAUUCCAAAAAGCAUUGAUUGAUGAUUCCUUAUCUAUAUAUGUUGCUCAUGCAAGGGGCCCUAAUAUUGAUAAAUCCGAACAAAAACUUAUCGAAAAUUUUGAUCCAUGCUGGAUGAAAGAAAAGCAAUAUGAAUCCUUAAGCAACCGAGCAAAAAACAGCAAUAUCACGAAACCUAAUCGCGGAAAUUCAAACAACGAAAUUUUAGCUUCCACUUGCAGUUGUAAACGUAUUCAAUGUUCUCGUCGAGGUCCAUACGUGAUGGGACAAGAAAUCUAUGAAUUUCUUCAAACCUUACAGGAUGUUUGUCGAUUUUGCGUUAAGAAUAAAAAAACUGAGCUGUUCCACUAAAA